CGCGUCCGUUCGCUGAGGCACGGGAGGGCGACAGAGGGCUGCCCGGACCAGUGAUGGAGGAUGUGCACGUCGCUGUGUGACUGCAGCACAGCAGCCGGGAUGCCAUGACCACGACAGCCGGCACCUGGAUCCAGCGACUUCGGACUGGCGACACCGCUGAUCACUCGUGCGAUUCUGCUAGAGAUGGCGCGGCGCUUCGUGUGAAAGAAGCUGCGCUUGCCGUACCGAUCACCGCCCUGCCCAUCUGUCUGCCAUGGCCUCUCCGAUCCUUCUGUGGACGUGCUUGCUGCUGGUCGCUGCCCCGCCGUGCUGUAACGCCGUGGGGAUCGGGCUGCGAGUGCCGCUUCGUAGUGGCGUUCAGAUCCAGGAGGAGAUCUUUGGACCUCCAAGGCUGCGUUCUAGGACUCCCAGAGUUGCCAGGGAUGUGGAGGACAUUCUACAAGAUGUGGACUUCGUGGACAUGAUUGACAACUUGCGGGGCAAGUCGGGGCAGGGCUACUAUGUGGAGAUGAGUGUGGGCACCCCACCUCAAAAGCUUAACAUUCUGGUGGAUACAGGCAGCAGCAACUUUGCCGUGGGAGCAGCACAGCAGAAGUUCCUGAAGCGCUACUACCAGAGAGAGCUCUCCAGCACCUUCAGAGACUUAAGGAAGAGCGUAUAUGUCCCAUAUACCCAGGGGAAGUGGGAAGGUGAGCUGGGAACCGACCUGGUGUUUAUUCCUCAUGGCCCCAACGUCACCAUUAGGGCCAACAUUGCUGCCAUUACAGCAUCUGACAAGUUUUUCAUCAAUGGAUCUAAUUGGGAAGGCAUAUUGGGACUGGCCUACGCAGAGAUUGCCAGGCCGGAUGAGAAUCUGGAGCCAUUCUUUGACUCUCUUGUGAAGCAAACACGGGUGCCGAAUAUCUUCUCACUGCAGCUUUGUGGUGCUGGCUUUUACUCCAACGAGUCAGAGUCGACAGCCUCUGUUGGGGGCAGUAUGAUUAUCGGCGGCUGUGAUGCCUCGCUCUAUGUUGGUGACAUAUGGUACACACCCAUUAGAAAAGAGUGGUAUUAUGAAGUUGUCAUUGUCAAGAUGGAGAUCAAUGGGCAGGACCUUAAGAUGGACUGUAAAGAGUACAACUAUGACAAAAGUAUAGUGGACAGUGGGACCACCAAUCUGAGGCUGCCCAGGAAGGUCUUCCAGGCUGCAGUGAAAGCUAUCAAGGCUGCUUCCUCUACAGAGAAGUUCCCAGACGGAUUCUGGUUGGGUGAACAACUGGUGUGUUGGCAAGUUGGCACAACCCCAUGGCACAUUUUCCCUGUCAUCUCAUUGUACCUGAUGGGAGAGUCAACGAAUCAGUCCUUUCGUAUUACCAUCCUGCCCCAGCAAUAUCUACGUCCAGUUGAAGAUGUUGCCACCUCGCAAGAUGACUGCUACAAAUUUGCCAUUUCCCAGUCUAGCACUGGUACGGUAAUGGGUGCAGUCAUCAUGGAAGGUUUCUAUGUUGUUUUUGAUCGUGCCCACAAGAAGAUUGGUUUUGCAGUGAGCACGUGUCAUGUCCAUGACGAGUACCGCACAGCCACCGUAGAAGGCCCCUUCCUCACUGGGGACAUGGAUGAUUGUGGAUACAACAUUCCACAAACAGACGAGUCAACACUUAUGACUAUUGCUUAUGUGAUGGCAGCCAUCUGUGGACUCUUUAUGCUCCCACUCUGUCUUAUGGUGUUCCAGUGGCGCUGCUGUCGCUGCUUGAGGAGGAACGGGGACGACUUUGCAGAUGACAUAUCAUUGUUGAAAUAGGAAUGGGGGGGUGGAGAUAACUCAUAUGUUGGCUUUGUACAGAAGACGGGUAUAUGUAAGUAUGUGCGUGUGUGAAUACAGGCAGCAGAUGCAGGAUGUGUGGGCAACUACUGGCAGAAAAGGGAGGCAAAUGGGCACGUGGUAAAGAGAGGCUUGUAAUUAUUUUCAGUGGAGAGUGGUAUGCCUAUAAGAGUUCUAACACCAGGCAGAGGGGAAUGAUGUAUGCUUAUGACCACUGGUAUACAAUAAAAUAUAAUACAAUGGGGUGGGAUGAAAGCAUCUUACUGCUCGCUCAGGAUACUCAAGAGGGGUGUGUGCAUAUAUGUAUAGGUGUGUAUGUGUUAGCUGUGAAUGCAGAUAAAGGAAAGCCAUGGGCAAUUACAGGUAUAAGGGCGGUGAAGUAUGGACAUGGGGUUUGUUGUCUGCCUGCUGGCUUUGGUUAUAGGAAUCGGUUUGUAUGUAUUUCAAUUUAUUUUACUGGGCACAGGCAACAACAAAUGCACUGAGAUACGUGAUUGUGGUUGGGUUGGUGAUAAUUUAGUUUUAAGAAAGGGUUCAUUUUAUUUGUAGUAGAUAUAAAUGGGGAGGGGGGGGGGCUUUUUUCCUCCUCUGAAACAGAACAAGAAUAUAUGCUGGAUGGCAUGUAUUCUCCUUACACCCCUUGGGAACUGUCAGCUUUACAGAGUAAUCAUUUAGAACAGAAAGGACGUCACAGGCAGUGCAGGGAAGGCAUUUUUACUGUGUCUGUUUUGACCUUAUUAUUUAAAGAAAUAAUAAAAUCCCAAUGACAGUCCU